CGCGCUGGUCGCCAAUCCCAGGGCUGAUAAGAUGAGGACCUCUGUUACCUAGAUAUUCCUCUGCGCGCCUUGACCACUUCUUGUUGGCAGUGCGAAUUCAAUGCACGAUAUCUUGAUUCGUCCUUCACACCAGGAUGACGACUGAACUGAAGCACCAAAAACAGCCCCCGGGCGACCGUUCUUCGGAUUUCGAAUUGCGAGAAAUCAAUAACACCACCGACAUCGAGGAAAAAGAAACCACCUGCAAUGUCACCGACAGCCUCCUGGGCCACCAAACACCGCAUACCGCCAGUUCGACCGAAGCGCCGCACCCGCUCUUCCCCCCGCUGCCGUCCUACGGACCGCCGUCGCUUACCGCAAAUAUUCAAUAUAUGCUAGUACGAUGCGUGUCGUUUUUUCUCUCGCUGGCCUUCUUGGGCGCAGUGGUAGCGGGCGCUCUUGUCCAAGGCGUGACCGGAAUCCUGGCAAGUCUUCGCUUGCGCGCUAGUGGCCAGGAUCCCAGUGUUCGGCGGAUAUUUCACGUGGAAGAACAAGAGCGACAACGAGAACGGGAUAAGGCACAUCGGAGAUGGAAAAGGCGACAGGGGAAGAACGAAGUCGACGAGGAGGCCCCGGAUGAGUGUCCCCCGCUGGAGGGCGGGCAGGAUCCAGUUGUCUGUGAUGUGGCAUAUUACGCACGGAGAGUGGGCCUCGACAUAGAGACCUUCAAGGUGCAAACGGAGGACAAUUUUAUCCUCACGUUGUGGCAUGUCUACAAUCCUCAAGAAUAUACCCCGCUGUCUGCACAGGCGAGACGGUAUCGUGGGCCGGAGGUAUUUGCCGAUCGGAAAGACCCGGCAUCGCAUCCGGCUUCAAAUCGCAAGUAUCCCGUGCUGUUGAUCCAUGGACUACUACAAAGCGCUGGCGCUUACUGUGUCAAUGAUGACGAUAGCUUGGCUUUCUAUCUCGCCAAGUCGGGAUACGAUGUGUGGCUCGGAAAUAACCGGUGCGCGUUGCGACCGGAGCAUACGACCCUGUCGCCAUCGGACCCGCGGAUGUGGUCGUGGAACCUACAGCAGAUGGGCACAUUGGACGUGUCGGCUCUCAUCUCUCGAGUCCUGUACGAGACCGGCUUCGACAAGCUGGGUCUCGUCUGCCACUCGCAAGGCACCGCGCAGACACUAGUAGCGCUCGCCAGAGACCAGCGCCCCGAUCUAGGCGAGCGCAUCUCAGUAUUCUGCGCCCUCGCACCAGCCGCCUACGCAGGCCCACUCGUCGAACGCGCCUACUUCCGCUUCAUGCGCGUCAUCUCGCCCUCCAUCUUCUACGCCAUAUUCGGCAUCCACUCAUUCAUCCCAUUCAUGAUCACCAUGCACGACUGCCUCCCGGGAAGCAUCUACGGCACAAUGGGCUACUACGUCUUCUCCUUCCUCUUCAACUGGAGCGACACACGCUGGGACCGUGGCCUCCGCGACCGCAUGUUCCAGUUCGCGCCCGUCUACGUAAGCACCGAAACCAUGCGCUGGUGGCUAGGCCGGGAGUGUUUCGCGACGCAGAAAUGCAUCUUGUCCACCCACGAAGUUAGCCUCGCUGAAAUGGAAGAGGACCACCGGGUAGAGCGGGGCGUCGCAGACGCAGAUUCUCGCAGCGAUACCGCGUGGUUCGGCCCCCAGGCGCCGCCCAUGGCGCUGUGGAUCGCGGGAUCUGAUGACCUUGUCGAUGGACGCCGGCUGCUCCGGAGGCUGCGGAAUGGGCGGGAGCCGCAUGUGAAUCUUGUGCAUGCGAAGGUCAUUGAGGAGUAUGAGCAUUUGGAUGUUCUUUGGGCUAUGGAUGCUGUGGACCAGGUGGGGCAGGAGAUCAGGCAGGUUUUGUGGUCGACUAUUCCGGAGACGGCGAGAGAUGUGUGUCGUGUUCCUGCUGGUGUGCGGUGAUUAUUCACCUUUUAGAUCGCAGACAUCGUAAAGAUAACUUGCAUGAGCUGAUGUAAUCUGUCCAGAGAGUCUGGAAGGGGGCGAAGCAUAGGAUUCACAUGAAGCUGGCACAGGGGCUCGGAACUGUAUACUAUGUACAAUAUACUUAUCGAUAUAUUCA